AGUGCUCUUUCUACCUCCGUAACGAGAGUACGUUUUUCCCGCCAAAAGUGCCGAUUUACAGUUAAAUUUUUUUAUAACAAAAAAACCGUGCUGUGUUUAUUCUAUUUAUCAAUUACACCAUUGGAUUUCUGUGCCUGUACGGCAGGGAUAGGUACAGCAUAGUCAAAGAAUAAGAGGUGGUGCAAUCAAUCCAGUCUAAGUCCAAGGCUUUGGACUGCUCGGCGCAGUCCAUGAGGCAGUGCAUUAGGCGCCUUUUUACAUAGGGUCCACGAUGAGGUACCUGUGAUCCAUAUCGGGCGGGAGCGGUGCCACCUUCCACGAUGACGUCGGAACGGGCCAUUCCCCACCUCCGGGACAUCUUCGGUCUCAAUCAGCAAUACGACGCCAAGAGUUUUGACGACAACGAUGACAAAAACAAGAAGACUAAGAAAAAUAAGAAGGAGGACUACCGCUCUUACGCCAAUGGGGACGUCAAAACACUAGAAAGACACCUCAGUAUGAAGAAGACUAUAAGGAAAAAGAUUAUGCGUGAUCUUCAGCAGGCGUUCGUUGAAGACCCUAACGAGUUUAAGGUCGAAAAUACGAGCCCGGAGAAGCUGAAGGCGGAACUCAGCGCGGAAGCGGUGAAAAUCGAGAAGAACGUACGUAAGAAUGAUCCCACGUUCCUAGACAUGCUGAGGGGUGAAACGAGGGGAGAGGAGGCGAGGGAGGAGCAGCCCCCAGCCGAGAAGACAAGCUUCUGGCGACGGCUCACUAUGAAGAAUAAAAAUAAGAGAUAAAACUGCUGGACAGCCGUGCGAACACCUUACUCCUUUUCAUCUCCUUUCGAAUUUGUGUGUUCUAUGUCAAUUAUGGAUGUUACAUAUUUUCUGCAAUUCGGUAACCUUUUUAGGUAUCGGCUACAAUAUGACUGACUGAUAUGUAGCCUAUAUAUCACUUCCGUAUAAAAUGUAUACUGUAAGAUUUGUUAAUUGACUCUAGUUGUUAUAUAAGCCAAUUAUAAUGCGCACAUUACUCGCUUUUAUGAGAUUUUUCUCUUAAGUUUUGUUGUAAUGGGUGUCAAGUGAGGAAUCAAUAAAUUUAAUCGAUAUGAAUAUUUUAACACCGGAUCAGCUUUAAAAACCAAACGAGGUACCUCUUGUAUUUUUUUUAUCAUCCAAUCCAUACAUUAAGUACUAUAAUUAUGUAAUCAUUGUUGUCAAUGAAGGUACAGAGAGCCCGUAUGUACGGAAAAGAUCUCACUAUAAAAAUCUGUUAUUAUAGGAUUUAUAUCUCUGACGCAUGAAUAUUCAAACGGAUUUUUUUACACGAAGCAGUCUGUUCUCAAACCAUCUCUCGUCUAUAAGUACAGACAGCACGAGUUGAGUUAGUCUUCUUAAAUUACUUUCAAAACUGGUCAUGAGAAUUAUUGUUCAUUGUAUAACUGUGUUUCUGUUCGCCCUCCGUCAUGGCCUGUGCUAACCACAUCCAUGUCUCAAGGAAGGGCUAAAUAAUUGUACAAUGUAAACUUAUUCUUGAAUGUAGUACCUUGAUAAUAGAAUUGUACACUAUAUUCUUGGCAAAUUUGUAUCUAUACUAGGUAUGUAAAAUUUAAUUUCGAAUCUUAUGACAUCAUGUUGAAUCUAGGACAUGAACAUUUGAAAUGAGAGCGACAGAGACAGAUGUGUUAUUUUAGUUUCAUGCUAAUUUGACACCAAUGAUUUACAAAGUAUAGUACCUAAUAGAAAGCAAGACUGGCUGAUCAUAAUAAUUAUGAAAAAUUGACUCAUGGUGGAAAUGCUCCAGAAAGUAAUUAAAAUAGGAAUUUUUGCUGGCCCAAUAAGUUGUUAAUAGGUUUCUAACAUAAACAAUGUGUGACUUCUUCUUGGCUUGAUCCCUUUACGACUAACUUUGAACUUAUAAUUAAAUUUAAAAAAGGUUAUACUUAAUUAAGCUAUAGACUAAUACUUGAUGGACGGAGUAAGGUGUUAACAAUAUCGUCGGCCAUAAGUUAUAAGAUAAUAUCUCGUUCUACAUGUGAUGUAACGUUAAGUUGACUAAGAUAGUUUAAGUACGUAGUAGGCUAAUAUUGCGCCUGCGUUGUAAGGUAGGCUCGAGGCAAUCCUUGUUGUGACAAUUUAUUACAAUUCAAUAUACAUAAUUUUACACAUU